AUCCCUACCAGUAAAGAUCGCUGUAAAAUGUUUGGCUUGACCAUUUGCAUUGGAUUCCUGAUCAUCAUUGUGGCGGGUGCAGAUUAUCCCUGUGGGAAGCCGAAAAUUCAGCACCAAGCUACGAUAAGGGGAGGAACCUCUACAAAGCAUGGCCAGUGGCCCUGGCAUGCUGCGAUUUAUCAUAAAGAUGGCCGAUCCCUGACGUACGCUUGUGGAGGAACUUUACUCAGCAAAGAGUUCGUCAUCACUGCAGCACAUUGUUUAUUUAACGAAAACACCUUCCAACUGUUGAAUCGGAAAAGAAUUUCUGUUCGAUUGGGAAUCCACAAUUUAGAAGAAAUGAACUCCGUUACAACCAAGGAAUUUCCGGUGCACGAGAUGUACAUGUUCAGCAAUUUUAGCCGUGAUAACUUGCGCAAUGACAUUGCUGUGUUGGAGCUGGGAGAAGUGGUGCGUUUCAACGAUUACAUACUACCCGCUUGUCUCAAUGUGGAUCCAGUGAUGUCUAGUUGGAACGGAACAGCGAUAGGAUGGGGCAUGAUAGAAAACGAUGAACUGUCUCCUGAGCUUAGGCAAGCGGAACUACCGAUGAUCGAUCCGGUGAACUGUUUGAUCAGUGAUCGUGACUACUUUGGACACACCAUUGAUCAUGGCAUGUUUUGCGCUGGUCAUCAGAACGGAACAACGGUCUGCAACGGGGACAGUGGAGGUGGAUUGUUUGUCAAACGAGAGGACAGGUGGUAUCUAUCCGGAAUUGUAUCGUUCAUAAAAAAGAGACCGGAUCACACGAAUUUCUGUUCAACUGACAGCUACGCAGGUUUUACAGACGUUUCAAAAUACAUAUCCUGGAUAAAAAAUGAAACCAACAUUCAGGUGCAGGCGAAAUCAACUUCAUCUUGCGGUCGACGAAAGCUGACCGACCUGGAAGCAUCCUGGCCGUGGCGCGCAGCUAUAUACUCCAGGGAACCUUCCUCAGAUACCUUCAGAUGUUCCGGUACUAUUGUGUCAAAAAAGAUUAUCGUUACAGCUGCACAGUGCACGGCCUAUACGGAUUCAAUAAAUGGUUCGCGAAUGUUAACUGUUAAAGUUGGUAUACCUUAUGCUCUGAUCGGAGGACAGGAAUUUAUCCAAGCACACGAAGUUCUCAGAAUUUUUGUUCCCAACAAAACGACCACAAACGGUCUACGCCAAGAUAUCGCUCUGCUACAAUUGCAAUCGAAAAUAAUUUACAGCGAUUACAUUCAGCCGAUUUGUCUUUGGAGGGUCAGUGUUCCAUUUAGCAGUACAUUUGAUAGGCUCGGUCAUUUGCCAUCCUGGAAUCUCGAUAAAAAUCACAUUCCGAUCUCGUUCAACGAAGUACAUUUUCAAACACUUUCGCACAACUAUUGUUAUGCGCACGAGUACAUACGCAAAACGGGAUUGGUUGACGAACAAAGUUUUUGUGCUGAAAUUGUAUUUGGAAAAACCGGAAUAGGAAACAGUGGUGCCGGACUAUAUUACUUAGAUCCCGAUACCAACCAGUGGAUGUUGCGGGGAAUUUUAUCAGCCGGCAGCCUUGAUCCAGAAAGUUUUAAGUUGGACAAUUCAAUACCUUUAGUUUUUACUGAUGCGGCCUUUUAUCUCACUGCUGACCAGAAAAACGGUGCAACAUUCAAGUUUGAGAAAAUUGAAACUUACGAAAGUAAAAUAAAAACUAAAACUUAGUCAACAA